UCGUGAAAACAGCAUUUUUGUUGAGCCGGUCUUCGCACAAUGGGUAUCCGCCAUCGGUCAUAAAUAAGUUACUUGAUUGGUCUAAAGAUUUCUCGGAUGUUUAUAUUAAUGUGCAUAUUUAAAUAUACACCUAACUAUUAUAAGGUUGUAUUUAUUUCUUUUAAAAACUAUUUUGUACAAAUAUCUUUGGAAGCAUUGGUCGUGCAGUGAUUUUAUUACUUGGAUUUAACUCCUUGAGCUGAGAACUAUUUCCCACGCGGAGUGAGAAAAGUCGUGUGCCGGUGUGCGAUGCGGUUACUUUGAUAGCACUGUAAGCUCAUUGACAGUUUACAAGUUCGAGUUGAGGUGUGAAAAUGAUGCACUUGUAGUGAUGUUUCCGUUUUUUAUGUGGACUUAAUCAAUCGCCAUGGAUGGUAAAACAAAGGAGACAUUAUCAGUUUUAACCUUUUUAUGUUAUGUGUGUUUGUGUGCAAGUCAAGACUCGUACUACUUUAGCCGGAAACCAGAGAGUCAGUCAGUAUCCGAAAAUAGUGAGGCCAUCCUCUAUUGUGAUGUUUCCAACAGGAAGUUCAUAGAAUUCAGCUGGCUUUUAGGAGAACAGCCCAUACAAGAUACAAGUCGGAGAUUUCAGGAGGGAAGCAACUUAAGAAUACUUCGUGUCACACGAAAUGAGGACGAGGGACCAUUCAAUUGCGUUGCUACAAACAGGUCAACUGGAUUUGCUCUGCAGAGUACUGAUGCAAUGCUCAACAUUCAAUGGCUGGGAAAAACAGCAGAAGUUGAGCUACGGAAACCGAAGCCUACGGAAGUGAGACUGGGCUCGGAACUGUCCUUAAAAUGUAUUGUCUCAGGAAAUCCAGAACCAACCUACCUGUGGUACCACAACAAUUUCAGACUGCUCAAUGUUAAAGAUCGGAAGAAAGUAUCAGGGAACCGCUUUCGGAUCACAGGAGUGACUGCAGAGGAUAAUGGGAUAUAUUCCUGUCGGGCGGUGAAUGUCGCCGGGGCAGUUGAUAGCCCAAUCAAAUUCCUCCUAAACGUGAAAGCACCAAACACACCACAUCUGAUUGAGUCACGGUUUACAAGAUCCCUCCUAGUCCUGAAGAAUGAGGUUGCUAGACUGGAUUGUCCGUUCUCCAAUGCUUCCAGAAUUGAAUGGUUUGAUGACCAUGCCAAGCUCUCCAAUAACACCAGACAUACAAUCUUCAACAAUGGAUCACUGUUCUUUCCAAGAGUACGUCAGGUGGAUGAAGGAUUUUACCGAUGUGAGGGACUGGGUGACAACCGUGACAUCCCUGCCCAAAGGUUUAUGUCAGAACUCAUAUUAGCCCAUCUUGACAAGUUCUCAUCGAUGUCAUUUGAGCCAAGGUUGAUAUCAAACUUUCCAAUGGUGAUUCCAUCUCACACUCGCUUUGUUGUAAAGGUGUUCCAACCCAGUGGCCAGCCUGAGCCUAUUCUCAGAUGGUAUGAUCGUAACGAUUUGUUGAUUGGGAAUUCCGGUCAGAUUCAUGUGGAAGGAGACAACCUGGUCUUUGAAAACCCACAAGAAAUGGAUUCCGGAAACUACACGUGUGUUAUUACAAACAUUGCUGGAGAAAAACGUCAAAAUGUUUGGAUCAUCGUCUCAGUCCCCCCUAUCAUCCGAAGGCCACCGCAACCUCAGGAAGUGGAGGAGGAUGGUAUGGUGACAUUCAACUGUCAGGUGACUGGAACCCGCCCCCCUGUUACCACGGUUAUAUGGGAUAAGGAUGGCGAAUAUGUGAAAUCGGGAUCGAGUCGUCAUCGAAUGGAUCUAAACAGAGGAAUACUGACCAUCACUAAUGUCCAGAUGCAAGAUGCCGGAGCAUACGCUUGUGUGGCAAAUACCACUGGACAGGACCUCGUAUUCUCCGACAGGGCUUACCUCCGUGUCAGAAAGAGGUUGAAGUUUGAUCCCCUUCCUGAAAAUACCUACAUUGAGCUUCUCGACCAGGAUGCUAGCGUACCGUGUUUUGCUGAGGGAGAUGGACAGGUCCGUAUCAAAUGGUUUAAGGACGGGCGCAUUAAUAUUGCCCCACAUGUCGCAAAUGUGGAGGGUACACUCCACUUCUACAAGGUACAGCGGUCAGACUCUGGUCUGUAUACCUGUCAAGCCUACAACGACAAGCAGGGAGCCAUUGAUGUCACAAUCAACAUUGACGUUGUUGAACGUCCACGAUUCCAAGUGCAGCCUAAGAAUGUGACAGUGUUUGAAGGUCAGCCUGCCAUGUUACACUGUGUCGCCAGUGGGGACCCACCUCCCAUGAUUAUCUGGGACAAAAAUUACUUCACUGAUGACUUCGACAAGUCACGUGUCAUUAAAUACAGCAAUGGCACUUUAUAUCUCAGCAAAGUUUAUAUUCAAGACAAAGGAAAAUAUGGCUGCACUGCAAACAACACAGCUGGUUCUAUCCGCAGGGAGGCUUACUUAAAUGUUGCCACAGCCAACGACUACUCCAAGACUGCGGAACAGGAUGAUGAGGAAGGCUUCGAUAUGAUGAAGACGAUAAUCAUAGCUGUUUGUAGUGCAGCUGCAUACCUGGCGCUUGUGAUCGGACUUACAGCUUUCUGCAGCUACCGAAUGCUGAUGCAGAGGAGGAACCGCAAAUCUCUUGUCAAGUCUGAGAAUGGGGACAUCAGCAGGGAGCAACAUGAGUUACUGAUGAAGGAUCGUGACAGUGAGUCGAGGACACCAUUCCGCAGCGACAGUGACAACAGGUCUCACGUAUCAGGAAUGUCCUCUCAGCCGUCCCACUCUUCUCAGUCCCAGUCCCAGUGUCCCUCACAUGCCCGCAGUCGCCGUGGUAGCUACGACAGACUACAGUUCCCUCGACAAAACUUACAGACCCUUGGCAUGCUUGGAAAAGGUUCAUUUGGUGAUGUUUUUCUGGCAAAGGCACGAGGCAUACGAGACAGUGAACCGGAGACCCUUGUCCUUGUCAAGACACUUCUCAUCAAAGAUGAACAACUUUACUUUGAAUUCAAACAGGAAAUGGACAUGUUUGCUAAGCUCGAUCAUCCAUACAUCGUCAAGUUACUGGGUGUCUGUCGGGAAGUGGAGCCACAUUUCAUGAUCACAGAGUAUUGUGAUUGGGGUGAUUUGAAACAGUACUUACUGGCCACACGGAGUGACAAUGGUCUUCGGAUUAAUCGUGUGCCACCUCUCUCUACUGGACAAAAACUCAACAUGUGCCACCAGGUGGCACUAGCCCUUGAGCACCUGUCCAAUCACAGAUUUGUACACAGAGAUGUGGCAUCACGGAAUGUGAUGCUCACAUCAAAUCUGAGUUUGAAGCUCUCCAGCAUGUCCAUGUGCAGAGAUGCCUACGCAUCAGAGUAUUACAAUAUUCAUCAGAAUCUUAUUCCUCUCCGAUGGCUGCCUCCGGAGGCUGCCUUGGAAAACGACUAUUCCACAAAAAGUGAUGUGUGGUCUUUUGGAGUUUUCGUGUGGGAAGUGUUUCAUCUAGCAGACUUGCCGUAUUUAAGUAUGUCAAAUGAGGAAGUUUUAAAAAGACUACGAGUGAGAGAUCUCCAGCUGGAUAUUUCAUCAGAUCUCUGUCCAAUGGAAAUUUCAGACUUGAUACGCAAAUGUGUGAAUGAAAGUCCUCGUGAGAGGCCUCAGUUCAGCGAACUCUGCAUAUACAUCGGUGAUAUCAUAACAGGGGUACAACCAAGCUUGAACAAGAGCUGAGAAAGGUCAAAGGUCACACCAACAUACUGCUGUUUCAACAUUUUUGGUUCUCUGAGAUUUUGUUACUUUCCAUCAUACAGUGUCGUGCAGUAUGUCUGCCAGCUGUAUUCUGGAGGGAGAUUUGUCUGUCAGCCUUUGUUUAGGAAGACUGUUAAAUUGUACCAAAAUUUGGACAGAAAGAGAUAUACGUUGUCUGUCCUUGUACAGCUGGAUAAGAGAGUCUGUCUGUUCCGAGAUAAACAAGGAAAGUGUUGAUGUCCUAGGACAUGAUGAUAAGUGGAUGGACAAGCUUGUCUUUAAGACAGGAAUAUCAAGGACAGACGUGAUGAAAAGAAUAAUAAAAAAAAACAAACAGAAAAAGCAGAUUUUGAUUGUAUCUGUUGAAUUAUGACGAGCAGUCUGUCUGUCCUUGCAUGAUUGCAGGACAAUCUGUCCAUCAGGCAAUCAUAUUACGUCCAAAUAUUUCAUUGUCCGUACCACAUACUGAGGUAACCUCAGCGCCUUUAAGAGCUAUGAUGACAACAUGUUACUUUGGCAGUAUACACCACACUAUAGCAUUGGUCUUCUGGUAUUCUACAAAGUCCGGAUCAUCAACAAAGUAUUUAUCGUCUGAUCAACACACGAUAUCUCUAUAUCAUUGUACAGUAUUAUUUCCAUGGCUGAGUAUUAUUGACUUUCUGUGAUUUUCUCAAAAGAAUGCUGUUUUGAUUCGGAUAAACCGAUCAUUGAUUUCCAAAAUUACAGUCAUGGUAGUUUAGACUUAAAGGGGAACAAAGAUUUCUUAACAAGUAGCAUUGUAUGUGAACACCCUAUUAAAUUUGGGUAAGAUUUAAUCAAUGUCUACCCUUAUGUAACAGACAAGACUUUAUACAUUUUCAACUCUUUGUUUCAUUCCUGUACCUGGUGAAAUGGGAAAUAUGUUCUAGUGCAUGUUAUGUAUAUAACUUUCUGAAGGGAUUCUAGCUUUAAAUUUUGUAAGAUUUCAAACUAUCUGCUCUUCACAAAUAAUUAUUUUUCAAGUUGAUCAAACUUUAAAAGGCACCAUUGACCACAGCUUAUAAAUUUAAUCAAUUUGAAAGUCAUUUACUCAUUGGUCGAGUUAGAUGGUGAAUCGGCCAUACUGUUCACCAAAAUCGUACAAAAUUUUACGUUUGAAUUCCCGACUUUUAUGAUUUACAUUGAAAAUGUAAAAAUGUAAAGUGUUAGUAGUACUGUUAUUUAUUACCUGUAGUUUGUUACUGUUGCAUUGUCACCAUAGUUACUCUAGCUGAAAUCCAUAGAUAGGCUAGAAUUUACUUUGUACAGAAACAUUCAUUUUCUGUGGUAACUGUUCUUCAAUAUUGCUUCCAUGAAUUUCAACAGCAGUAUAAAUUUCAAAUUCAGUGCAUUUUACUCCACAC